AUGCUCGUGCCGAAGGAAGAGCUCAAAGAGUACGUUCUGAACUCCACUUGGCGCCGGCGAUUCCACUGCAUGAUCUUGUCUCAUGCCGUCACCGGAGAAGAGGAUGAAACGCCCCUGUUCACGACCCGCCGUUCUGCGUCUACCAGUUUCACCGACAAACGUGCCGAAGGAACGCGGGAUCGGCGAGCUGAAGGUGCUCGAGGAACAAGGACACGAUGGAGAGUCCCGCGUAUUGUGAUGCGUCGCGAGCAAGUGCACAGAAGGUGUGCGUCAACCGUGGCUUGUGGAUGCCUCGGAGUGAAAGAUCGAGCUGAUGAGGAACCAGCUGAAGGUUUCGCUGCGUGCAUGGAUGGCAAGUCGGAUGGG